GUUUGUGUACGUGUCGUCCCUCCUCGUGGCCAUAAUACUCGAAAGAUGAGAGUAGCUGUAAUUUACCUGGAAAAGAAAUUCAUCGUCGUCAUACCAGAGAACAGUUCUGUGGCAGACUUGAAGACAGAGAUCGAGAGAGUCCACUGUGCUCUGUUUCAAAGCUCUGGUCCUCCCCAGCCAGUGACUGAGAUACAGACACUGUCAGGCUGUGUGCUCUAUGGAGGGUAUACAAUCUCUUCCGUGCUGUCGGACAACGAUACAGUCAUAGCUUCAGGGGCAGGGGGUGUGACUCCUUCAACAGGAGAUGGCCACACUAACUCACCGCGACUUUGUGCUUACACCUCACCGUCUCAAUUGUCAUUCUGUGGAUACAUUCCAUUGGGUUACUAUUCUCCAGUAAUGGGUAGUUGAAUUAUGGUCACUUGGGUGGUAGCCCCUACACUCCACCCCAAUCUCGUGUCUUACCACCUCCACUAGAGACAUCAAAACUGAGUCUUUUUCAAUCUCCAUCGGCCAACAGUCAAUGCCCUAGCCCAGAGUCCAUCAGGGGAGCAACCCCUCAAUCUCAACCUUGUCAGAGCACCAGUAAGAGGGAACGUGACUCUGACAGAAUCGAGCACACACCUAGUGCAGAGGAAUCAGAGUCACCAUUGGGCGAUCUCUCUCACUUG